AAUGGUCCUAAGCCACCUUUUUCCAGAGCUGUUGUAACUUCGAACGGUCGCUAAAUGAACAGAUGUAAAUCGAGGACUGCCUAUUUCUCCUCUCCUCCCCGCUUCAAAUCCCCCGAAGUGGGAGAGAGAGUGUCCAUGUUCCUUUUCUACGUAGCUCAGAAGAGCUAGAAACGGCGAACAGGCGGGCAGGAAGACUUCGACAGGCGCAUCGCUGAUCAAAGGGGCUUUUCCCUGGCCAGCCCCAUCACCUGGCCCCAAAGUCUGGAGACCCUGGACAAUGUCGGGGACCGAAAGCCUCCCUUACCUUACUCCCGCGUCUUCCUGCAGGGCGCAACCGGACCCCAGCAAAGAGGAAGGCAAAAAGGGGAAUCUAGAACCGCUUCGCUCCCGGAGGAAUUUCUCGUCUUCCAGGUGUUCUUCCCCGCCGUCGGACUGCCACACCAGCAAGACGGUGAGACGGAUCUUGGCUCUCUGCUUAAUCUCUUUGUUUACCUUGCUGGGAAACGCCGCUCUGGAUCUAAGCCAAAUUCUGGAGUCCUGGAGGCAUGCUGAGAAGGCCGCCAGCAACUUCUCUUCGUGCCGGAGUUUCCUGGCAUUCUCCGUGUUCCACCUCCUUGUCCGAGAAGCAAAUUGUCAAGGAGGAGAAGGAGGAGGAGAUGGAGGAGAUGGAGGAGGAGGAGAUGGAGGAGAUGGAGGAGGAGAAAGAGGAGAAAGAGGAGGAGGAGGAAAGAUGGCGGUGGAGAACCUCUCUUGGCCAGAAGACCUGCUGAAGAGCUUGGUUGCUCUCUGCAGCCAAUAUGGAGAAGGAGACCCAGGCACAAUUUCCUGGUGCAAGGACAACGAUAAUUUCAGCUGUCCAACUUACAUCCCCUUGGUCAGGGAGAGGGUGAAUGGCACCGAAGGAGCUGGGGUGGCUUUUCUGCAGCUCAAAAUGAUUUCAAGAAUCUUGGAGAUACUUCUGAAGCCUGAGGAGGGAGAUCACCGAAAGGUGAGGUCAAAUCCAGACUGGUUAGAGGUGGUCUUCCUGAGACUUCUCCUAAGAAUCAAAGGUGCUGUGUUACGAGCUCAAGAAAUGUCUGUCUACCCUGAGGAGGUCCAAGCUUUGUGGCAUCAGCUGUCUGCUCUUCUCACUUCCUCUGUUUUUAUCUCGGAAAGCGCCCAAGACUGUUGGGCUGAGCAUCCCAACGUCUCCAUCCUGGCCACCUAUCCUGAAGGACUCCACAUGGUUGCGCCUUCUUUGGGCUUUCGGUCACUCUCCCGUCCUUUCAUGGAUGAACUUGAUGUCCUCCAGAGAUGUUUGCUUCAGAAAAGCCAGGAGAAGCUUCAGAAAAAGUCCAAGGACAUCAUCUCCCUGAUUAGCCUCAAAAUCAUCCUCUUGCUGAUCACUAGUCUGAUCUACCCGGCUGUGCUUUUCUCCUUCAAAGAGAUGACCGAGUGGAUCCAGAAUUACGCCAGGAUCCUCAAGGAACGAACGGAGGAUUUGAAACAGGAAAGGCACGUAGUGGAAGACCUUCUUCAUCAGAUGUUGCCCAAAUCCGUGGCCAAACAGCUACGGAAACACAAGCACGUAGAGGCAGAAAAUUAUGACCAGGUGACCAUCUUCUUUUCGGACAUUGUGGGGUUUACCACCAUCGCCGCUUCGUGCACCCCGCUGCAGGUGGUGGAAAUGCUCAACAACCUUUACAUCUGCUUUGACACCAGGAUCGACUCCUACGACGUCUACAAGGUGGAAACCAUCGGAGAUGCCUACAUGGUGGUGAGUGGUCUGCCCGAGAGGAACGGCACUCGGCACGCCCACGAGAUCGCCAAGAUGGCCCUGGACCUGGUAGCUGCGGUCCGGCAGGUUGCGAUUCCCCACCUGCCGACUAGCAAGCUGGAGUUACGGGCCGGGAUUCACACAGGAGCCUGCGUGGCUGGCAUUGUUGGGCACAAAAUGCCCCGAUAUUGCCUCUUUGGAGAUACGGUGAACACAGCCUCCCGUAUGGAGUCAACCAGCCUACCCCAGAAAAUACACAUCAGCUCAGCCACCUACCAGGCUCUGCUUGAGGACGACACCUACGACAUUCAGCCCAGGGGAGAAAUUGAGGUGAAGGGCAAGGGGAAAAUGAAGACUUACUGGUUACUGGGAAAUAAGAACUACAGUGUCCAAAACGACAGCCUGGUUUGCCACUGGAACCCGGGAAUGUCUCAGAGAAAGAAGGCAGGGCAGAGCGCGGCUUCUGGGCAGGAGCUCAGCACCGGUACCGAGAGGAGUCUGGACAACGAGCAACUCACCAUCGCUUCUCAAACGCUGCGCCAUCCUGCCGUCCGCGCUGGGGUGCAGCCGGGCUCACCCGCUGGACGUGAGCGAGACUUCCCGGGCCCCCUAGAGAGUCUCAAGACCCUCCCGCUUCACCCAGCCAACCCCUCGCAAUUCCAUCCAGGUUGUGAGAAGCCUUCGCUGCCGGGGCAGUUUCUAACUUCUUCUUCAUGCUGGCUGGAGGAUUCUAGGAGUCGCAGUCCACCCAUCUGAAAAGUCAACAUAGUUAAGAAACACUCAUGUAGACAGUGGCCCGCUCAGCCUGCUUGCAAAGGCUCUGUGCUGGAGGCAGUGGUGGGAUUCAGCCGGUUUGCACCACUUCGGCAGAGCUGGUCGCUAAUUUUUUGUUGCCCGGGCCCAGAAUGGACUUCCGGAAGCGGCAUCCACCCAGAGAACCGGUUGUUCCCCUAUCUGAAUCCCAUGAUUGCAUCCGAAGCCUUAGGUCAGCCAGACCCAUCAAUCUGCAGAAGCCUCCAAGCCCUAAGUGGGCCAAGAAUGGGGUGGGCAGAAAUGUCUCACCCCGUUUUCGUGUCAGGUGAUGCCAGGGACAGGUCCCGUGGUGGGGCUUCUGCGGGGAGGCCGGGCUGAGGAGUCUAGUCUUCGUUGUGAGCCCCGGCACGUCCGCUUGAACCUGGGCCAGGCACAGCGGUCAGGAGACUGCAAAAUAAGACGCCCAGCGCUGGAAUCUGCCGACCGUGGCUGCUCUCCUAAUUUGGAGGUUUGCUACUAUCUUUCCCAGGCCGAAGGCCGCAGAGAUGGGGAGGUCUACGGCUGGCCUUGAACCGUACCUCAAAUUAAACCCGGCUUUAAAAGGAGAUCCGACAACUGAUCAAGGAGAGGAAGAAGUGGGUCAAACUCGGAAAGCUAAUGAAAUCUCCCACCUCUGCUCGCUGUCCUAUGGUUGAAUUUUCUGCCUCAUCAGAUAAUAAUAAUAAUAAUAAUUAUUAUUAUUAUUUUGGUUCUUUAACCCUGUAUUCAGC